AACGAGCGGGAUUUCCUUCUGCUGUCUCUGUUUCAAAUCGAAAGGCUUGGCUAUGGUAUUUAUGCCAGUUAGACACCAACAGAUGGAAAGCUGUUCUAUCCCUAAUAUUUAAGAAUAGUACUAGUAUAUAAUUCUCACCAGUGCAACUCAUACCCCAUGUGAAUUUACAGCUGCAGAGACGCAUUCUGAGGAACUAUGAGAUGAAAUCGGAUUUAAUUUAAUAAAACAGGAAAUAUUUUUCAUUAUGUCGAUUUUGCUGUUUCUACUUCUGACUUACAUUCUUCUGAAGCAUUCACUUGGAGAUUCGCCUAAGGGAUCGACGUCAGCUGUGUUGACAGAUGUGUGUCCUUCAAUAGCAGAAAAACAUUUAGCGUUAAAUAUGUCUAUUUCUCCUGUGGUACCUCAUGUAACAUGUGUGUACAAUUUCAAGACAUACAUGCAUGGGAUUACAGAAAUCACUAGUAAUAAUUUCAGUGUGACUUCAUUAAAUGGUGAGAAAUAUAAGUACGAGCAAGUUUCGUAUGGAAAUUAUUCUACAAAUACUUCAGUAAUAAAUUUGAAGGGUGUACCUGAUUUAUCUAUUUGGGACGAUAGAUCUGUACUUAUUUUGGCUGUACAUCGUCUAAACUUCUCUACAGAACCUACUUGCCCUGAAGUUUAUCUAUGUGCUAUUCCCAAUGUUAGACACAAAAGGACUUCAGAAUGUGAAACUAGUUUAGGUGAAGUUAGUGGAAGUUGCCAAGAUGAAAUCGACGAAACUCAUUUUUUCUUGUUUCCACUUGCAAGUUCUUUAAAGAUUUCAGUUGGCAAUGUUGGUCAUAACGCAGACUCAUUGAGCAGUAGCAUGCAUAUCGUUGUCACUGCUGGGUAUCGUUUACCUCCUACUGCAUUUACUUGUCCAUCUGGCUAUUUCGCUUGCCAGUUAUUCAAUAGACUUAUUGAACCUCGGUAUUCCCCACUAAACUGGACAUACCGUAUAUGUUUGCCCUUAGAUUUAUGGUGUGAUGGAGUACCUAACUGUCCAGUUACUGGUUCAGAUGAAGAGAACUGCUCCGCUGUACCGCCUAACAGUUACGUGUACUUGGAUUCACAGUUUCAAAGUGAAUAUCAAAUGCUUAGCAGUGUUUUAGAUCGAUAUGCUGAGAAUACAAGUCUAUUACGUUUAACUGGAUUUCAUAAAAUUUCUGACAAACCAAGUAUAUUUUUUGCAUCAUUGAACACAGUCUGGUAUUCGUUGGGAUUGCUUUCAUUUAUUUCAGUGAUAGCUGUAUUGACUAUUGCAUUUAAACUGUCGAAAAAGAAGAGACAUGGGAAUACUGUUCAAGUUGUUGAAGAAAAAAGUUAUGCUGAAAUUUCACACAGUAGCAGUAAUGCUUUGAAAAAUAAUAUUGAUAAUAGUUUUUCAGAUAUUGAUUGCUAUGAAGAAAAAUUAUCAAGUAGUAAUAAUGAUAAUAAUAAUAAUGAUAUUUGUGAGACAAAUAACAAACUCGAUGGUUCUAACAAUGUUUAUCAUCAUUUUCCUUCAAAUGGUACACAUCACAAGAAUUUUUAUGGAGAUUCAGUUGGUUGUAACCGAGAAAGUGUUCCACUUAUUCAUGGACAGCGUCCAGAACACUAACCAUCAUCAUCACCACCAUCAUAUUGUGUGUUAGAUGAAGAGUAAGGUUGGAAUUCAAUAAUGUGUGCAUGUUGUCGACUUCUGGUGUAUUGUUGUGUUAACUAAUAAUACUUUAAAUGGCAGAUUUUUAUUUACGAUGAAUUUAUCUUUGUGUUUGUGAUUGAUCUUUGAGAUUGUGCAUGCCUACUUCUUUCUCAUAUGUGCAUGUUUGCAGAUUAUAUUUCCGUGUAAAGUAUUUAUUUACCUACUUUCAUCUCAUUGAAGCUUUGUUCCGGUGAUUAGUUGGUAGUUUUGUCUUUUCUUAACUGUCUUCUUCAGUUGUCAUGCAUUCAUACCCUGAGUUUCUACAGACACAUUUUGUUAUGUAUUGAUUCGAAGUUGCUAUCACUAUCUAUUCAUAGAGAAUAUUGAAGUGUAUGUUUUGAAUUGCAUCUCCUUUUCUCUCUCUGCACCAUAAUUAACUUAUCUUGCUAAUCUUGACUUGAUUUUAUAAGAAUAAAAGUGGAAUUAAAAUCUCUUCACAUAUUAGUUCAAUUCGCAUCAUCACCCAUAUUAUAUUAUCAUCAUUUGUUUUGUAUCUUUUUCUUUCCUAACGCAUUAAUUAUGUCGUAUAUUUUAUUCCUUCCGCGUUUGUGUGUGUGUAAUCCACAUAUUACAGAGAUAAAUCUCCUCCUAUAUUUCCACUGUUUUUGUUAUUACCAUCUGAUGAUGAAAGAGGUAGUCAGUUUCCUUUUGUCAGGUUGAUUGUCUAUUUCACCUCUUUUACUGAAAUUGCCAUUUAUUUUUUUUCACAUUGGUAUAUUAUUAAGAGAGAAAAAAAUGUAUUCCGGUUGCUAAAACAAUUACAAGUAGGUGGUAUUUAGUCGGGAAGGUGUUGAUCCAAUUUAUUGACUUUCUUGAGAUAUGGUGUUUAUUACGUACAGUACUGUGCGUGUGGAGCUUUUUCAAUGAUUACCUGUUGAUCCAACCACUGAUAUGUGUAUUCCAUUUUAUUUGGGUCAUCGCAACCAAGACGUGACUAUUGCAGGUAGUCUGUGUGAAACGUCGAAAGUGCAGCAAAUGAGGAAAUAGCACCAGAUAUUGGAGCUUAAAGUUCUUGUAAUCAAAACGACAGAUGACUGAACCUAAGGAAUUAUUAUAUUUUGCAGUAAAAUAAGAUUACGCAUUCUCCUCUGUCUAAAUGUAGUGUUGAAAAGACCCCCUUGGCGAUAAUUAUUAUGAAUCAAAAGUGCUAUUGAUUUUAAUAACAAGCCGAUCUAUACUCGGAACACAACUUGAUUGUACUACUAAGAAUAUUAGUCUCUUUAUGCGCUAGAUUUUUUGAAACGCCUUUGUUGUUCAUCAUCUCUUGCGUAAUAUCAACUUCUCCCUGAUUAUUUUGUAAUUUUUAUGAUAUUUCAUUCAACAAACACUUUGUUGUGUUGUCCAACUCCUUGUAGAAGAUUGAUUCCUGUUUUUUUAGAUCCCUAUUAUAUGUCUAUUAAUACUGUAAUAUUGUUAAACUAUGGCAGUUCAUCUUACUUGUUAUUGUAUCUUUUUUUUAAAAAAUGUACCGAACACUUUGACGAAAGAGAACAGUUCAUAAUCACUCUUGUACAGAUAUCAUAAAUAAAAUUAAAAAGUUUUGCACAUC